AUGAAGAAUACCUCAAAACCAAACUUAAGAAAACUAAGGAAUGUUUCUCAGCAUUUCAAUUUGGAAACAAAACUUGGCCUUGUAUCACCAGGAGAUAAAACUUUAUUUGAGGAUGAUAGCUCUGAAAACAAAUGUGAAGAUACGGUUGGCAUUCCUUCCAAACCAUCAGUUGAAGUCUGUGACUCUUCUCCUCCUGCCUUGCCAUCACCUGAUUCUCUUCUAAGACCUCCUUUCACAUUGUUAGGCCUUGGUCUUACAAAGGAAGGAGAGGAGCAGCCAGCAAUUGGAACAAAGGACGAUGGUAUUAUUGAAAGUGUUCCACAAGAGCAAACAGUUAAUGACUGUUUGACUUCUGCUGACAGGGCAGAUAAAAAUGAUAGACAUGUUAUGCUGUCAGGAUUAGGAUUUGCAGAACAAAAUGAAGAAUCACCUUGGGAUUCUCAGAGUAAUUCUGAGAGUCUUCCAGAGAAAUACAUUGAUCAUUUAUCUGGAAAUGCAGAUCAGAAAGGGACAAGUACAUUAAAUGAACAAGUAGAAGACUCUCUGGGAAAAUAUUCUUUCUUGAAGCCUACUGUUGAGGAGAACGAUUCUGUUCCUAAGAAAGGAGGAGAAAUGGAGGAAAAACAAACACCCAAAUCAGAUUCUCCAGGAAAAUAUUCUUACUUGAAGCCUGCUGUGGAGGGGAAAGAUUUUAUUCCUAAUCAACCCGGAGAAAUGGAGGAAAUGCAAGCAUCCCAAUCAGAUUUUUCAGCAGAACUAGACUUAGAAAUGACAACAGAAGAAGAGGAAGAAGUCUUGAUGAAAGUGAAAAUAAGCAUCUACAGGAUAAAAACCAGAAAUAAGGAAUGUGAUAGAAAGGAUGAUAUAUUUUUAUAUUCAGAACAUCCCUCUGUUCUAAAGUAUGAGAACAUGUGGACCAAACAAGACAAAUUAGGGUGGAAAAAUAAGUUAAAACUCAUCACCAGAGAGUUAAAGCAGAUGUUUGGUGAAAUUUGUGAAAAAAACAAUACUGCUUAUCCUAAGGAAGAGUCACUACAUGGUCACUUUAAAGAAGGAGCAAACUUAACAGAAAUACCUUCUAAUUUGACAAAUGAUAGACUUGAUUGUGAGAAAAAAGAUGCAUUUGCAGUGCCGGUCUUUGCAGCAUUUCAGGCAUUACCUGAACAGAAAAAGUCUAGACUCAAAAAUGUCGUUCUUUCUCAUCAUCCUUGGAUUAUAUCCUGGUCAUCUUCCGAUCUAGCUUUAAGUGAAAAUAAAUCAGACUAUGAAAAUGAUAACAAAUCAGACUUUGAGCAUAUUUUUAACAAAAAUGAGAGUUUUGAUAGUGAUAGAGAAAAUAAAAAAGUAAGGAACCCACAGGUUAUGUUUGAAGUGAAAGAAGACCAAGAGUUUGACAUUCAAAUAGCAAAAAGUAUAAACCAAAAUGCAGAUAAUGACAGUACUAAUAACUAUAGAAGUAUGGAUCCCGAACUAGAAAAUGGGAGUUCUCCAUCAUGUAGUUACAGAACAUCAGAAGUAUAUCUAAAGGAAGAUUUACAGCAAGAUGUGAAAAAGUUUAAGAAUGAGAUAGGCACGUUGCAGAUAGAGUUCCUGUCUUUGGAAUGGCAAAACGUUCAACUUCAAAAAGAGACUGUCUCAGGAGCCCCAGGAACUGAAUCCGCAUGCACACAAACACAGACGCGGGACCGAGGGCACGCAUCUGAGCCCAGAAAGGGGAGACCGCACAGCCUCACGCACAGCACCCUGGGAGGCCACAUCACCACACACAAAACCACAGAAGCCCCAGUGUCUAUACAGCGCACCCUUCCUCCGUGGGGUUCUGAGACCAUGCACCCCCUCACCAGUCCCAGCUCAGGCGGUUUCUCCUCACCUCCUCCUCCAGCGGCCGGUCCUGAGGGGGCGGGAGUGCUGUCAGUGUGGACGUGGACCCACGCCCUCUACAGUGGGUCCUGUCAGUGUGGAUGUGGACCCACAUCCUCCCCAGCUUCUCCUGUCAGUGUGGAAGCAGCCCCACAGCCUCCAGAAAUAUCCACAAUGGGUCCUGAGGAGGUCAGGCUCCUGCCCCAGCUGGGGCUAUGCAGGCCAGGCAGGGCAGGAGCUGGGGUCCUGCGCCACCUGUAG